UAUAAUAAGAUAUAGCUUACUUUGGCGCAGGAGUAAUGAAACAUUGUGCGAGAGAAGCUCCCGACCUCUCCAAACUCGACAAAGGAUGUACGACGUCCGCGACUUGACCGUCGCAAAAGCACAUGAUGCUUUUCGCAAAGGGCCGUGCAGCUGUAAAGAUCUGACGGAAAUGUACCUGGAUCGGAUCGUCAGACUGGACAAAUCUGGGCCAAAAAUAUGUUCCACGCUUGCUCUCUCCUCGACCGCGCUUGACGAGGCCGCCUCUCUGGACGCAUACUACCGUCGAUAUGGACGAUUCAAGGGCCGACUCCACGGCAUCCCCAUCCUCAUCAAGGACCAGGCCGACACCAGAGGCAUAGAGACCAUGUACGGCUCAAUCGCCGCGAGAGGCAACGUGCCGGAAGGAGACGCGUUCGUGGUCAAGAAGUUGAAGGACGAAGGCGCCAUCGUUCUCGGAAAGACCACCAUGAGCGAGUGGGCCUCCACGUGGUCUUCGGCGAGCACGGCGACGAACUGGGAGUUCACGCGCAACCCGUACAAGACGGACCACGACGUCGGGGGAUCGUCGAGCGGGAGCGCGGCGGCGGUCGCCGCCAACUUCGCCCUUCUCGCCGUGGCGGAAGACACGGGCGGCAGCAUCAGAUGUCCGGCCAGCUUCCGCAACCUUGUCGGCAUCAGGAUAACGCCAGGGCCAGUUGCGAGGACGGUGAGCGACUGCGCACUUAUGCUCGACUGCAUGGUUGGCUACGAUCCUGCCGAUGACUUCACCGGUGUCAACCUGGUGGCAGCCGCGCCGAAAGGAGGGAGUUACUCUGCCGGCCUCGACCCAGACAAGAUCAAGUCCGCCAGGAUAGGGCUGGUUCGCGAGCUGUUUGGGCCGGAUUCAAACCCAUACUGCAGGGCCGUCAAUGCCGUCGUUGAGGGCGCCAUGUCCAAACUCCGGGCCUCGGGAACAACCUUCGUGGAUGUCUCGAUUGACAAUCUCAAACACCACAUGACCUUCACGCCCAACUACCUCCAGAUGUCGAGGUCGGACAUCAACGCCUUCCUCGCCACCAAACCACAUCUUCCUCAAGACAUCGCAGAGAUUGUCCCGAAGAAGCCGCAAAAGAUGUUCCUGGACUUCACCUCGAUGAUGGCGCACGGCCCAGAGAACCCCACCGAUGAUCCAUUGUACGUUGAAAAGCUGUUGGACAGCGAUCGCUUCCAACGAACGCUGAACUGCCUCAUGCUCGAGAAGAAGCUCGAUCCGUCGGCUUUUCCCGACUGCCAGGUCCCGCCGCCUAGACAGGAGGACGCGACCAAUGGACGGUUCCCAACUUGCUGGGACUUCCCUAUCAAUACAUUGCUAGCAAGUCAAGCAAGAUUGGCCGCAGUGACCGUUCCGGCCGGGUUCACCGAGGAAGGCCUACCUGUCGGCCUGGAAUUCGUAAGCUGGGAAUACAGAGAGAAAGAGUUACUAGAGCUAGCAAGAGGAAUGGAGGUCAUUGUUGACGCCAGGAGGUCACCUCCGCCUCCCCUUUAG